AUGCUGACCAUAAUUCCAACACCUGUCUGGGCAGAAGCCACGGCGACUCAAAAGGAUUACUGGGACUCCGAGGUUGGUGAUAUCAGCGUCCAACUAGACCUACGCGGCGGCUGCCUUGCGCCGAAUUUUGUCGACACUCUCAUCGACAGCGUCAAAUUCAAGCCCACAGACCACGGAAUCUUAAUUAGCAGACUUGCUCCGCAAAUUGGAUACGUGCUCGGCGUUGACUCGUCUUUAUCAAUGAUAGAAUCCGCCAAGAAGAUGGACUACGGUUUCACAGCUACUGAAUUCCGCGUUGCUGAUUGCUGA